AUGUCGCCGCUGCCCGAGGAGUUUGACAUUAUCGUCUGCGGAGGUGGGAGUUGUGGGUGUGUGGUGGCAGGAAGGCUGGCCAACCUGGACCAUAACCUCACGGUUCUCCUGAUCGAGGCCGGAGAGUCCAACCUCAACAACCCAUGGGUGUACCGCCCGGCCAUCUACCCGCGCAACAUGAAGCUCGACUCCAAGACGGCGACCUUUUACGAGUCUCGUCCGUCGAAAUCGCUCAGCGGCCGAAGUGCCAUAGUUCCCGCAGCUCACGUCCUUGGCGGCGGAUCCUCUAUCAACUUCAUGAUGUACACUCGCGCUUCCGCCUCGGACUAUGACGACUUCCAGGCGAAAGGGUGGACGACCAAGGAGCUCUUGCCCCUGAUGAAGAAGCAUGAGACGUACCAGCGUGCUUCGCACAACCGAGACAUCCACGGGUUUGACGGCCCUAUCAAGGUCUCGUUUGGCAACUACGUGUACCCGAUCAAGGACGACUUCCUCAGGGCUGUCGAGAGCCAGGGAAUCCCUAUUGUUGAUGACCUACAGGAUCUUCGCACCGGCCAUGGUGCUGAACAAUGGUAUACCGGCCGUCGCAGCGACAGCGCUCAUGCGUAUGUUCAUUCCACCCGCGCCGUCCAUUCGAACCUGUACCUGGCCUGCAAUACCAAGGUCGACAAGGUGAUCAUCGAGAACGGCCGAGCCGUUGCUGUCCAGACUGAUCCUGGAAUUCGCGUCUUCCGCGCUCGCAAGCAGAUUGUCGUGUCGGCGGGGACAUUGUCGUCUCCCCUGAUUCUGCAGCGGUCCGGAAUCGGCGACCCGAACAAGCUCCGCCGCGUCGGCGUCAAGCCAAUCGUCGACCUCCCGGGAGUCGGUCUGAACUUCCAGGACCACUACCUCACCUUUGCCGUCUACCGAGCCAAGCCGGGAACCGAGACGUUUGACGACUUUGCCCGGGGAGAUCCCGAAGUGCAGAAGCGCGUUUUUGACGAGUGGAAUGUCAAGGGGACCGGACCCCUCGCCACCAACGGCAUCGAAGCCGGCGUCAAGAUCCGGCCGACCGAGGCCGAGCUGAAGCAGUUCCGGUCGUGGCCGACUCCCGACUUCACUGAAGGCUGGGAAUCCUACUUCAAGAACAAGCCCGACAAGCCGGUGAUGCACUAUUCGAUCAUUAGUGGCUGGUUCGGCGACCACAUGUUGAUGCCCCCGGGCAACUUCUUCACCAUGUUCCACUUCCUCGAGUACCCCUUCUCGCGCGGGGAGACGCACAUCCGGUCGGCGGACCCGUACGCGGCGCCCGACUUCGACGCGGGCUUCCUGCGCGACGGGCGCGACAUGGCGCCGCUGGUGUGGGGGUACAUCAAGUCGCGCGAGACGGCCCGCCGGAUGGACGCCUACGCGGGCGAGGUCCAGGCCAUGCACCCGCACUUCCCCUUCGACUCGCCCGCGCGCGCCCACGACCUCGACCUCGACGACACCACCCGCUACGCCCUCCCCGGCAACAUCACCGCGGGGAUCCAGCACGGCAGCUGGAGCGCGCCCCUGCCCCCAGCCGACGUGCCCGUGGGCACCGCCGCGGCCGGCGGCGCCGGUGCGGUGGUCAGCAGCAACCGGAAGGAGAGGCGGAAGGAGCUCGAGUACUCGAGGGAGGACAUCGCGGCCAUCGAGGAAUGGGUCAAGCGGCACGUCGAGACGACCUGGCACUGUCUCGGGACCUGCUCCAUGGCGCCCCGGGAGGGCAACAGCAUCGUCAAGCACGGCGUCGUGGACGAGCGCCUGAACGUGCACGGGGUCAAGGGGCUCAAGGUGGCCGACCUGAGCAUCUGCCCGGACAACGUCGGUUGCAACACGUAUUCGACCGCGCUCCUGAUCGGCGAGAAGGCCGCCGUCCUCGUCGCCGAGGACCUUGGCUACGCGGGCGAGGCGCUCGAGAUGCGCGUGCCCGACUAUCACGCGCCGGGCGAGAACCGGCUCGCAUCGAGGCUGUGA